CUGACACUUCACACUGACGUUUCAUAUUCAUGCACAUUUUUUUUUAACAAGUUGAUGUAAUUUUGGAGUUUUGUUGCGUUUUAAAAAACUAUCACGUUUAUCUUUAAACAAAAUUAAACAAAUACAAAAACUAAACAAAUGACUUGUUAUCAAUUUAAUUAUGCUUCUAUUUUGUCCAACGUGUGGUAACAUUUUGAUGGUCGAAGAAGAUACAAACGGUCUUCGUUUUUCAUGUAACACAUGUCCUUACAUUUGCAAUAUAAAUAAAAAAAUUUCAACAAGAACCUAUCCACAUUUAAAGGAGGUGGAUCAUGUUAUGGGAGGAGCUGCUGCUUGGGAAAACGUAGACUCAACAGACGCCGAAUGCCCGGCUUGCUAUCAUAAGCGCGCCUACUUUAUGCAAAUGCAGACACGUUCUGCCGACGAACCUAUGACCACUUUCUAUAGAUGUUGCAAUCAAUUGUGCUCUCACACUUGGAGGGAUUAAAAAUU